CAGUUGAAAACACGUUACGCGCCUGUGCAGAGCGUUUUUGCGCUAUCCAAACGUUUCCGAUCCAAUCCGAUCCGAUCCAAAGCCACCAGAUUCGAAAGUUUUACGCCGCGUGCAGCAACAGCAACAGCAAUCGAAACAGCAACAGCAACAACUACAACAAGAGCAACAAUAACAAUAACAAUUCCGACCGUUAGAGUGAACGACGGAAACGGAAAGUAAAAGCCCCGAUCGCGACCAGAUUCAAAGGCAGACAGAAAUGGCCGAGACAAUCAACAACAAGCCGAGCAUACAGAUCCGGAGUGGACUGCCCUCUCCUCUGCCGGACAAGAGUCCCUCGCCGGCCACCAAGCUGCUGAUCAGCCACGGCAAGCCCAACUUCACCAUCCCCAAGUCGCCCAAGGCGGAUGAGAAUGGAAACGGAAACCCACUGUUCGCCCAGCCCAAUGCCAACAACAACUACAAUGCCUACAAGAGCGCCAACAGCAAUAAUGUGGCCAACAGCCAGAAGUUCAUAGUGGGCACCAAGUUCAACGGCGUCUUCAAGCCCUCGAAUGCCCUCAGCAAUGGCAAUGGCAAUGCCAAUGGAAAUGGUUCCUCCGAGGCGGAGAACGAGGCGGCCAAGGUCGUGCUGCGUCGCCCCAAGCUGGCGGACUCACCACCACCCGCCACCGAGGGGGAGGAUGAAAAUGUGCCCGAGUUCAUCAGGCGCCAGCGACGCAUCCAGGAGCGACUGGCCAAGGAGAAUGUGCUGGACUUCGAGAGCCGGCGCAGCGGCUACUUCACGCACGUCAUGAUCUCGCCGGACUCGCCCAACCGCACCUCGUUCGUGGAGACCAUGGCCAGUCCGGCCAUCGUGCCCGCCCUCGAGAUUCCCGCCCCGGUGGCCGAGAAGGUGGAGGAGGAGGAGCCCCAGGUGGCACAGGUUGCUGCUGUGGUCACCUCUGCUCUGAUCACCGAACCCGAGCAGGAAGCCAUCACCACCAAUGGCCACAGCGAGGAGCCAGAGCAGCCCGUCACCAAUGGCCAUGUCCAGGAACAGAACUCUGAGGUGGCGCCCGAGGAGGUGGCCAAGGCCAUCGAGCAAGUGAACCAGGCGGUGGCCGGCGAGGAGGAUGAGCCAGAGGUGGAGGCCACACCAGAGCCGACACCAGUGGCUGCUCCAGAGGCAGUGGCACCAGUAGCUACUCCAGAGCCAGUGACUCCAGUGGCUGCUCCAGAGGCAGUGGCUCCAGUGGCGGCUGAGAGGAAGGCAGAGGAGUCCACUCCCACUCCCGCUCCCGUGGAGGCCAAGGUGGAGGUGGUGGAGCCAGCAGCACCCGUGCAGAAUGGAGAUGCUGCUACUCCUGCCACAAAUGGCCACAAGGAAGACGAGGCGGAGCCCAUCACCAUUUCGCACACCAAUGGACAGAGCAGCGACGGACCCAGCAUACCCACUCCGGAUCCCAGUGGCGCCCUGGGAGUGAACUUCGAACCCAAGACGGUGGUCAGUUUCUCGCAGGAACUUGGUGGUGGGGAGAACAACUAUCCCGACACCGUGAAAGUGGUUAACGAGGUGCCCUCCGAAUCCAAUGGAGAGCUCAAGGAGCUGACCAAGCUGAAGUUCGACAUCAAGAGCGACGACCAGAACGAAGUCCAGGUGACGCCCGUUCUCCGAGCGGAAUAGAAGCUACCAGAAGCUGUCCAGGAUCAGGAGUAGUGCAAUUUGUUUGUUAAACAAGACACCAUCAACUAUUGUAUUGUAUUUUGUGUUAGCUGCUAAGUUGAUUACGAGAAAUGUUGCCAAAUUUAAUUUUAUGCUUCGCGCAUCAGUCAGUAUCGAGAGUGGAGUGGAUUGGAGUGGAUUCAUGUGGAGUGGACUGCAGUGGAGUGGCGAGCCCAAUCCCCAUUGAGCCACCCAUUGAGGCCCGGUCCCCAAAAUGUGUGUGUGUUUUUGGGAACCGCUAAACCAAACUACGUUUAUUGCAAUAGACACCAUUUGCUUUAUUUAAAUAAAUUAUUAUUAUUGAGAACGCGA